GUGCAGAUGGGACUUUGAUUGAUGUAAUAAAAUACUCAAUGGAGGAAUUGGCUGACAUUGCCAAAGAAUAUUGGAAUCCUAAUGAGAUACUAACAUUUUUGGAUACUGUUUUAAGCUGGCUGAAGCAAAAACUGAACAAAAAAGCUACACGAACAAGACAUGGUGAGGAGUGGUUGAGAGCAAAGAUUUUAGCAGAAGAGGCCCCUGCAUUCACUUUGAGCUGUGAUGGUCAUGGCUACAUCAAAUUAUCAAGGGUGAUUACUGUAAAGUAUGAUCAUCUUGUUAAGUGUAGAAAAACAGCUGGCACUUCUAAUGAUGACGACGAGUCUGAUGAUGAAGCUGUUCCGGAUGCAUGGGAUGAUUCUGAUUAGGAACUUUUAAACAAAAUGCCUGUCAACAACUGGUUGUUCCACUGGCAAGUACUGGCAUAUUUUACUGAGUACGGAUGAAGAUGACUGGCUGGAAUGAUCUUUGUAAAAUGUAUUAUAACCCGACCAACCCACCAAUGACGGCCAAGACAGCAUCUUAACGAUUCUCAAAUUACCUAUCACGUGGUAUGGACGCGGAUUUGUUAGAAGAUUUCGUGGAGCUGACGGGUAGUACCAUGGCAGAGGCUAUGAAGUACAUGAAACUCUGUGAUGAUGAUCUCAACGCAGCUGUGGGAUGCUACUUCGAUCCAGCUGUUGGUAGAGGAUCAGGUAUGAUGGGAGAGAACGAGGAAGCAGUCCGAGCUCCCAUAGCUGCCUUCACCGACCAAAUUAACGAGCAAGUAGGAGUAGGACGCAUGGGUAAACGACCUUCUAUUGUGUUUGAAGACGGAGAUUUGGGAGCGCUCUUCAAGGCUCCUACUGAUCUAUCGUUUGUGGGUACGCUGGAGACAGCUAAGAUUAAGGGACGAAACAGGAAGAAGUGGCUGCUUGUUAACGUCCAGGACAAAGAUGUGUUCCAGUCUCAGCUGCUAAACAGGGACCUGUGGUGUCUGGAGGAUGUUAGAGAUGUUAUUGAGCGACAUUUCGUCUUCUGGCAGAUAUUCAGAGACAACCUGGAAGGAGAACAUUUUGUAAAGUUCUACAAGUUCACAGAGUUUCCCUGUAUAUGCAUUAUCGAUCCCAACACUGGUGAAAUGCUGAAACAGUGGGGCUUUAUGAGUCACGUGGAUUUCAUGAAGGAAAUGCACGAAUUCACCCUGCACUACAGAUUCGAGUCUGGUGGGAGACGAAAGAGUUUUGAUUUCUACGGCUUGAGCAGAGUAGACUUCAUGAGCCGUGACAAACCCAGCGCUGUCCCGGUACUGGAGCCUACGCCUGAACCACUCCCAACCCCCUCUCCUCCACCAUCUCCAGAACCCGAAUCUGAGCCCGAACCUGCUCCUGAACCUGCUCUGGCUAUACCGAUGUUCCUGCAGACGUACAACCUGGAACUGUGCACGUGACUUUCCGUCUACCGGACGGUGCGCGGCACAUUGGCGUCUUCCAACAAGAUGGAGGAUGCAGUGAGCUGUACCGGUGGUUAGCGAUCUACGCGAGGAUGGAGAAUCAUAACGUAAUGACUGCUUUCCCUCGUGUGUUAGUGACAGAUGAUGAGGAUAUCAGCGUGAAGAGUGUGGUGGGUGGUGGGGCUAGAGCCAUGCUCAUUGUGGCUGAGAAAGAAGAUUAACAAGGUUGCGUCAAAGAACAGAUUUUGAACGCAUUAUAGUUAAUUUUUUCGGGAUCAUCAGCCCAAGGGACAGGUUUUCUUAAUGAUUGUUUUGGAGGUGGAAGAAUUGAGGUUUAUUCGACUUUAAUUUUAAUUGAGUUUGAAAUCAGCUGUGACAAUGGAUUUCUAAAUUUUUAAUCGGUGGAACUGAAUAUUCUAAUAUUAUUAUUUUUAAGCUGAUUUAUGUGCCCGCAACCUGUACGGUCAGUGAAAAAAUAAUAAUUUUUUUGUUAAGUUUUUGGCAAUCUUUGUAUAUAAUAAGCUGUCUUUCUAAGUGCUAGUUUACAACAAUUAAUGUACCUUACUUAAAAAUGAAUAACCAAUCA